UCAGCCUGCUCAAAGGAUUCUUUUUCGUGUUUUUAAACAAAUUUACCCAAUCAUCGUUUCGAAAAUGGAUUAUGAGAACGAAAAGGUGUUAAAAUUGGUGUUUCCCGAAAGCUAUGAAGACGUCCUCAACAGCGACAGUGCCCCGGAUGUCAUGGAUUACAUGUUCAAGCUGGGCUCGUACAAAGUGGACCAGCUGAAGAAGGAAAAGAUCCGGUUGCAGGACGAAAGCAAACAGAAUGUCGAGCAGACGCAGGAACUGGCCGUCAACAACUACAAAACGUUUAUCCAGACGGCGGAAUGUUCGCGGGAAAUCUACCGGAAGUUUGUCCAAACAGAGGAACGGGUGGAUAGUUUGAGCAAGAAAUUGCCCAACUUUGCGGAGACUUGUCAGAAAUUUUUGGACUCCUCGAGCAAUAUCAACAGUGCAAGACGGUUGAAUUCGCUGACGUUGACGCGGAAUGCCGAACUGUUGGAAAUAUUGGAGCUGCCGCAGCUGAUGGAGACAUGUAUCCGGGAGGGGAAAUAUGAGGAAGCUUUGGAACUGGCUGCCUACGUGCAGCGUGUCGGUACGAAACAUGGAAACAUUCCAAUUAUUGGGAACAUUCGAACAGCCGUGGAAGCAGCGUGGCACACGAUGUUGGUUCAACUGCUGUCCCAGCUGCGAACAGAUCUUCAACUACCCAAGUGUCUGCAGGUCGUUGGCUACCUACGGAGAAUGCAAGCUUUUUCGACUGCUGAAUUGAAACUGAAAUUUCUUCAAAUUAGGACUGGAUGGUUUAAGGAAUUGCUAGGAAAAAUUCCUCAAGAAGAUGCUCACCUUCACCUAACGAAAACGAUUGAAGCCACACGUGUGCACUUGUUCAACAUAAUUACGCAGUACCGCGCGAUCUUUCCGGAAGAUGAAGAUGCCAUUUCCGGCUUGUCUACAAUAACCUCGGACCACAACGCUGCCGAUGGGAGUAAGAUAUUCCACAGUUGGCUACAUGACCAGAUAGUGGACUUCAUUAACACACUGGAGAAAGAUCUCGCUUCGAAUGACAUCAAUUCCUAUGAUACCAUUCUUGGCCAGUGCAUGUACUUCGGUUUGUCUUUUAGCAGAGUUGGAGUUGAUUUCCGGUCACUGAUUGCACCCGUGUUCAUCAGGGUAAUCUCGCUCAAUUUCCAAAAUUCCAUCGUGAAGAUCACACGUCAGUUUGAGCAGGAAAUCGAACGUUACACCUUGAUAAACAAGGUUCCCACCGGUAUCAAAAGAACCAAAUCGGGUGACAAAACCGAAAACAGCAACCACCCACCGGAAAGUCUACUGGAUUUCACACCGCUCGCCCUAUACUGCAACGAAAUUCUUACAGUUUUCAACGAACUCCGAUUAUGUGCACCGAUCGCUCUCGCGCCUACGGUGACCGAAAUUAUCGAAGCUUCCCUGGAGAACGUUUGCAAAAACAUACUUUCGUUCUACCGGCAAGAGCAGCAAGCAUUCACUGCCACCGAGCGGGAAUGUUUCAUCCGGUUCUGCUCGUGCUUCGCAUACGAUCUUAUCCCCUACCUGCAGCGCUGCAUUCACUUCAUCUUUCCCCCGACGACCAUCGCCAACCACCUUGGGAUCAAUGUGCUGACGCUCCAGAAGCAUGGCAUCACCUAUUUCCGACAGAAGAAAAUCUUGGAACCGAUUGAGUAUCUGCUGCCCGAUAAAAUUGAAGCCGUUAUCAAACAGGUCGGCAAGAUAAAUGUUGGGUCGCGGGCCUCGUCAGUGCCACUGCCUUCAUCAGCUGAUGGCUGCAAUGAUGAUGAUGAUGAUGAUAAUGGGGAUAAGCAGCAGGUCAUGGGUGAUAAGAUAGACGAAGCGUCAUCGAGCGCAGGUGGCGAUCUAAGUCCGGACGAGGUUUCCAAGGCGACUAAGCAGUGAAUAAUGACUGCGUUGAGCUACCCGUAUUACUGUUAUCUGAUAAUUUGGGAGCUGGAAAAUAUGCACACGAUAUCGUAUGAUUUUCUUUAUUCAUUUGUUAUCAUU